AUGAGCAUGAUUGAAGAGUUGAAUCACUUCCUUGGAUUGCAGAUUCGUCAGCAUGAGUCAGGUAUAUUCAUAUCUCAAUCUAAAUGUGCCAAAAAUCUUAUGAAAAAGUUUAGUUUGGAAUCUGCUAGUCCUGUUAGAACCCUAAUGAACCCUAAUGUUAAAAUCACUGUUGACUUAUUAGGUAAAAGUGUUGAUUCUUCUUUAUAUAGGAGCAUGAUAAGUAAUCUCCUUUACCUUACUGCUAGUAGACCUGACAUUAGUUACAGUGUAGGAGUGUGUGCUAGAUAUCAGGCAAACCCCAAAGAGUCUCAUAUAAUUGCUUUGAAAAGAAUCAUAAAGUAUGUCAAAGUCACUGCCGAUUUUGGAGUAUGGUAUAGUAAGGACACAAAUGAUGUCUUAGUUGGGUAUUUUGAUGCGGACUGGGUUGGGAAUGCUGAUGAUAGAAAAAGUACAUUGGGGGGUUGCUUUUAUGUGGGUAAUAAUCUUGUCUCCUGGAUGAGUAAGAAGCAGAAUUCCAUCUCAUUAUCCACUGCUAAGGCUGAAUACAUCGUUGCCGGUAGCUGUUGCACCCAACUUCUGUGGAUGCAAAAACUCCUUCUUGAUUAUGGUAUUCGUCAAGAACAUCUUACCAUUUAUUUUGACAAUACUAGUGCCAUUAACAUCUCUAAAAAUCCUGUUCAAAAUUCUCGAACAAAACAUAUAGAGAUACGACACCACUUCAUUUAG